AUGGAGUGUGGGAAAAGCUUUGGACAGAAAGGCAGCCUAACUUCUCAUCAAAGAAUUCACACUGGGCAGAAACCAUAUAAAUGCCUGGAGUGUGGAAAAACCUUCAGUGAGAGUGGAAACCUUACUUCUCAUCAAAGAAUUCACACGGAGAAACCGUAUAAAUGCCUGGAGUGUGGAAAAAGCUUUGGACAGAAAGGCAGCCUAACUUCCCAUAAAAAAAUUCAUAGAGAGGAGAAAAGAUAUAAAUGCUUGGAGUGUGGAAAAAGCUUCCAUAAAAGUGGAAACCUUACUUCCCAUCAAAGAAUUCACACAGGGGAAAAACCAUAUGAAUGCUUAGAGUGCGGGAAAAGUUUCAGUUACAAUGUAAGCCUUACAUUCCAUCAAAGAAUUCACACAGGGGAGAAGCCAUAUAAAUGCCAGGAUUGUGGAAAAAGCUUCAGAGAUAGUGGAGCACUGAUUGUCCAUCAAAGGGUUCACACAGGGGAGAAACCAUAUAAAUGUCUGGAGUGUGGGAAGAGCUACAGUCAGAGUGGGAAACUUAGCAUCCACCAAAGAAUUCACACAGGGGAGAAGAAAUAUAAAUGCCUAGAAUGUGGAAAAAGCUUCAGCUGCAGUGGAAGCCUUACUGUCCAUCAAAGAAUUCACACAGGAGAGAAACCAUAUAAAUGCUUGGAGUGUGGCAGAAGCUUCAGUCAGAGUGGAAAGUUUACUGUCCAUCAAAGAAUUCACACAGGGGAUAAGCCAUAUAAAUGCCUCGAGUGUGGAAAAGGCUUUUUCCAGAGUGGAAACCUUACUGCCCAUCAAAGAAUUCACACAGGGGAGAAACCAUACAAGUGUAUGGAGUGUGGGAAAAGCUUCAGUGAGAGUGGAAGCCUUACUUCCCAUCAACGAAUUCACACAGGGGAGAAACCAUACAAAUGUUUGGAAGUGAAACCAUAUAUAUGCCUGGAGUGUGGAAAAAGCUUUAGUCAAAGUGGACACCUUACUGUCCAUCAAAGAAUUCAUACAGGGGAGAAACCAUAUAAAUGCCUAGAGUGUGGGAAAACCUUCAGAGAAAGUGGACACCUUACCAUUCAUCAAAGAAUUCACACCGGG